AUGCGGAAGCUGAAGGACGCCGACUUCAUGAAGGCAGUGGAAAAACAGGACAUGAAGAAGGUUAUGCCCUUCGCGUCCCACGCCAUGAAGACAGAGGUGAAAGCCAGGGGGCGCGAGGCGCUUGAGUUGGAACUCCCCUUCGACGAGUCUGGCAUGCUGCAGGACCUCCAGGAGGUCAUCAAGCUUCAGCUUCGCAUAUCCACUGUCGAGAUUGUAGACGCCGAUGUGGAACAUCCCCGUGGCGGCGACCAGAAGCGCAGCGCGGCGACGCCCGGGAAGCCGCAGAUAUUGUUUUUCGCCGAGGCUUUCAGGGCUUGA